AUGUCCCCACCCUGCCUUCCUCUCGCCGUCGAGCCAGCAUCGACAUGCGACGGCGGUGUAUUCAAGUGUGCGGCACACAAGCACCGCACGCAAUGCCUCGUCCUCGGCUGCUGCCGGUCGUUUCCCGCCACCAGCAGUAGCGCCGGACCGCCCCACUUACGUCACAAACACGUCCAAACAAACAAGCAGCCGCACCGGACCAAACGUCUCUGUAUUGUGGAGGGGUGCAUCAAGCAGGCGCAUGCACGGCAAAAGUGUGUGCGCCACGGCGGCGGAAAGCUGUGCAAAGUCGACGAGUGCUCCCAACACGCUCGCGCGAAUGGCGUGUGCUACCGCCAUCGAUCCUUGUCGCACGUGGCCUCGGAUCGUGGCCGUCGCAGCAGGAGUAGCAGCCAAACCGAAGCUACGCUUGACGAUUUCAACAUGUCGCAGCACUUGGACUUGCCCAACUUGGACGUAUCAGAGGACCUCGGCGGCGACGACUCGGCCCUCGAUCGGAUUCUCGGGGAACUCACGCCUCUCGACGAUUGCUUCUUUCCGUCCGUGCUCAAAUUGGAACAAUUCGACCAGCCGCCGCAAACGACGUCGUGUGCACCAUUCGACCAGGCGCACAUUUCUCGGACGUUGCCCUGCAUUUUGACGUCCCCGCACGGACAAGACUGCUCCGAUUUCGCAAGCGUGCUGCCAGCUCCGUCGCCGUACGCGGCAACCCCGCCAGGGCUCAUGGCACGCUCGACAGAUGACUCGCUGCUACGGAUAGUCAACACAGUCGCGAUGCUCAACACGAUGCACAUGGUGUCGCAGCUCAUGCGACAGCAAUAGAUCCAGUUGCGUGACAGGUCAGGAUUUGAUGUUGUCGUAAAAAAUCGCUGUCGUUGUGAUGUACUCAA